AUGGGCACGGAGGUGUUCGACGCGAACGCACUUCCGCCGCCGCCGACGGCGAGCCCAUUGAGGCCGGCCUGGCCCUGCAUGCCGCCCUGCCGGUACUGCGCCCACAUCCGCUGCUCCUGCGCCAGCAGCUCCUGCUUCCUCUCCAUCUCCGCCAUCUGCACGUACGACGGCGGCGGCACCGCCAGCGACGCCGCGAACGGGUCACAGCCGACCACCGUGCCUUCGGGCCCGGGGAGCGCCAGGAAGGGUGCGGCCGGCAGAAGCGCCACGCUGCUCGCGCUCCCGGACGCCGACGCCUGCGCGCUGACGUGGUGCCGGGCGGCGCCCUGCCGCGACAGGCUCCUCUGCUCGGGCUCCCUCAAGUUGACCAGGUCGUGA